UUUGUGGUUUCUCUUUCGCUUUGAAUUUUUGAGAUUUUUAAUCAUGUUGACUUAUAGAAACCCCUUUGACGUUUAAUACAAAACCUCAAAGAUGUGGAACUCAAAUCUGAUGGAAUUGUAAGUAUAAUUUUUUAUAUCACUACACAUGCUUCAUACUAACAACCUAUGAACUAAACUGUUAAAAUUACCAGUUGAUCAUUUAGUAGAGAUAAAUUCAAACUGCAAUUUUGGUAAAAUAUUUUAGCAAUUGGUAUUGUCAUGAUUGUGAAAGGCAAUUCAGACUUAAUUUCUGGUCUUACAGUCUAAAAAUUUCUAAAAUUGAUUUAAAAGUUUGGCUGCUUAACCUUUGUGCAUUGAGUGUACCUGAUGAUGUUUAUUCAAGAAAAAUCUGUCAUUUUCAUUGAAAUUAUCAUGAAAUGUUAUCAUACAUGUUUAUAAUCUGUUAUGAUAUAUGUUUAUAAUCAUUAAGAAGGUGAAUGAAAAUCAGGAUAAGUUCAGCACCUUUGAGGAUCUUAUAGUACUGAAAAAUCUAAUAUUACAAUAUUUGCAUAAAAAUUAUGUACCUGUGUCUUUUUUUGUGUUUUAUAUAAAUAUAUGCAUGAUAUGUAUAUAUUUUAUACAGUGCAGAUAACUAUUUUUAUGGUUUUCAUAGAUAAUCUCACAAUUUGUUACCAUGACAAAUUUAGAAGCCUUGAUUUUAUCCAAGAAAUGCCCACCCAUUAUGUUGAAAAACAAGAUUUCUGACUGGCCAGCAAGAAAGUGGACACCGAAUUAUUUAGCCAGUGAAUUGACAAAUCAAAGAUACAAAUGUAAAAUUGCUCCAAAGGAUGAUAAUGUUUUGUGGGAAACAGAAUGUGUCCAUGAGGAGAUAACUCUACAGCAGUUUGCAGAAUGGAAUUUGGGAAAGCCAGAUGAAAAUAACCCUUUGCUUCCUUACAAUAGAUCAGAUGUCACCUGUUACAUAGACUACAAAUAUAUGAAAGAUUUGUUUAUUGAGAAAACAGAUCACCUGAAAGCAGUGGAUUGGAGUGUUUUGGGGUUAGAAAGCAGAGAUGGAAAUGACAGUACUAUUUGGAUUGGAAGUGAAGGCUGUUACACUAAUUGUCAUUAUGAUACAUAUGGUUUUAAUUUGGUAGCUCAGAUUUAUGGUAGGAAGAGAUGGACUUUAUUUCCACCUUCAGAUACCAAAUAUAUGUAUCCAACAAGGAUCCCUUAUGAGGAGUCUAGUGUUUUUAGUCAGGUCAAUGUGAAAAAGCCAGAUACCACUACUUUCCAUCUUUUCAAGAAUUCUCAUCCUCAUGUGGUAAUUUUAGAACCAGGAGAUGUUUUAUAUGUACCUAGACAUUGGUGGCACUUUGUUGAGAGUUUAGAAACAUCUAUCAGUAUAAAUACAUGGGUAGAAAUGGUAUGUUCAUAUAGUGUGAAUUGGGAGGAAGACAAAGAUAGCCAUGUGACUGAAGCUUUAUCAAGAGUAUUGUUUGGGUGUAUGAUGGACAUUAAAAUAGGGUCAGUUGGGUCAACCACUGAUUGGAUUAAUCCAGGAGAGGAAGUCCAAUGCCAUGAUGUUAACUUCAGAUAUCUUCAGCAAGCUGUUGAUUCAUAUAAGAAAGCAGGAAAUAAAAAGAAUCUUUAUAGCAAUUUAACUAAAUUUGCAUCUCAGAUAGGAAAGUAUUUUGAUUUAAAAAUUGCAACCAACAAAGCUGCAGCUAUUCCUGGCAGGAACCAGUUAAUUUUUCAGGAUGUUGUUGACAGUGGAAAUAAUCAAGCAACUGAGCAGAGUUUGAAAAGAAAAGUCAGUACCAGUCCUAGAGAUGAGUGUAAAAAACAAAGGAAAGAUCUUGAAACUGAAAAUUUGAAUGCUGAUAUGGAAAGUUACCAUGAAUGCCUUCACCACAAUACCUUAUCAUUUGAUUCUGAUUUUAGGCUUCUUGAACCAAUGUCAUAUGAUUUGUAUGUAAAGGAGGUCAUUUGCAGUUAUCAUACCGAACAAGAGACAAAGUAUGAUUCAGACAUUGAUCUACCACCAUUCAUGAAAAAAACAUCGCAAGAAUUAUUGCAGAGUUGUAAGGAAUGUCAAUUAUUAUGUGACAGGACUGAAUUAGAAACUGCUCAACAGUGCCAAACAUGCAGCAUAAAAACAUCAGAUACAAUACAAUCUACGCAACAGAACUUUGACCGUGAUGACAAUUUAACAGUUGAACAUUUUGCUAAAAUCUUAUUACAUCCUGAUGUUAUUAAUAAGGUUAAGGAGUUAAUUACAGAACCCUUUGACAUGCUAAGAUAAUAAAUACUUAUAAAGA